UAUAACGCCUCCUAAUCGAUCCGGAGGCGGACGUGGUUGGUCGAGCCCUUUCCAAUGGAGCUUUCUGCAUCUCCCCGCCUCCUAAGCUCUCCCAUUUCGCUGAUGCUAUUGAAACCCAAGUUUGGGUUUAGGGUCCCUCAGACUUCUUCCUCACCCUUCCACCUUCACCCUUCUAUUUUAUCUCUUAAACCCAAUUACAGAAUGGAAUUUACUAGGACAGUAUGUUGUGCUUCUUCAUCUGAACGAAACGGGUCACCGGCGGCCAUUUCUUCAACCGCUUCAGGGCCUCGAGUGGGUGAAGUGAAAAGAGUCACUAAGGAAACAAAUGUAUCUGUUAAAAUAAACCUCGAUGGCUCUGGGAUUGCGGAUAGUAUUACUGGGAUUCCAUUUCUUGAUCAUAUGUUAGAUCAACUUUCUUCACAUGGGCUUUUCGAUGUGCACGUAAGGGCCACGGGAGACAUCCAUAUUGAUGAUCACCACACUAAUGAAGAUGUUGCCCUUGCAAUUGGAUCGGCUUUGCUGAAUGCACUUGGCGAUCGGAAAGGAAUUUACCGGUUCGGAGACUUCUCUGCUCCUCUUGAUGAAGCACUUAUACAUGUCUCACUAGAUUUAUCUGGCCGGCCACAUUUGAGUUAUGAUCUAGAGAUACCUACUCAGAGAGUUGGAACAUAUGACACCCAGUUGGUGGAACAUUUCUUCCAGUCUCUGGUGAAUACUUCUGGUAUGACUCUUCACAUUCGACAGCUUGCCGGAAAGAAUUCUCAUCAUAUUAUUGAAGCCACGUUCAAAGCAUUUGCCAGGGCCCUUAGACAAGCAACAGAGUAUGACCCACGCCGUCUUGGAACCGUGCCCAGUUCAAAAGGUGUUCUAUCACGUACUUGAUUGUUGGCAUCAACGUGCCAAGAUAAACUUGUGCCUUAAUAUGAGAUAAUUGAUUGGAGCAAUGCUUCAUAUGCAAUCGAUCAACACUUGAUUCAGUCCUGUAUGGAGAUGGAUGUUUGAGCAGGAAGGAGAUGAUGGCAGAAAAAUUAUUGUACGGUUGAUGAUAGAACAUUAUUGUAUAUGAAAAUGACUGAUUCUUCAGCUUGAAUCAUUUUUUCGUCUUAUAUCACUGUUGUAAUAGUAUUUAUGCAUUAGAUAUUAGUGCCCUCUUCUAUGGAAUCAUCGUUGAGUAAUAAGGCUCAAACUGCCAUGGUUGAAA